CAAUCCCAAAAUGGUAACUUAGUUAACGAAAUUAGAAUCCAAGACUGUUUAUUUGGUGAAAUUAAUAUCAUUUCCUUACUUAUAAACAUGUUAUAUAAGCAGAAUUCAAUCCUGAACCCUCCCACUAUGAAUUUGUGGAAUUUGCUGGCAAAGUGAUUGCAUUAGCUUUAAUACAUAAAGUGAGAAUAGGUGUCGCAUUGGACGGUGUGUUCCUAACGCAGCUAGCCAAUUCAUCUAUGUCUUAUACGUCUAAUAAGGAUCUGCUGGUAUCAUUUUUUGCUCAAGGAGUUGCCAGUGUUUUUGGCGUGUCAUUCAAAGAAUUGUUGUCUUUCAAAGGAUUACAAUAUGAAGACAUUAAUCAAGUGCUGUGUGGACCCUCGACAAGUUCAGUACUAUCUAAUAGUAGUGGGAAAAGAAAGAAGGAGAUACGCAUCGAUCCUCCAUUGUCUCACGGCAAGGAGGUCAAAAAACCAGAACGUAACUUUAGGAAUUGGCAAAGGGGCUCAAUGUUGGGAAGUGGGUCGUUUGGAGAAGUCUACAAAGGAACUGCUGAUCCCAACGGAUUCCUUUUUGCUGCAAAAAAAGUUCCACUUGAAGACACACAAAAAGUCAGCUCAAUUGAGCAUACGGUUGGUUCACUACGUCAACUACAUCACGAAAAUAUAGUCGAAUAUUUUGGCACAAAAAAGGAGGAAGCAAAUCUCUAUAUUUUUCACGAGUUUGUAAGUGGAGGGUCUCUCGAUAAAGUUCAUAAAGAAUUAAUCCUUGAUGAUGCCCGAGUGUCCUGCUACACACAACAGAUACUGAAAGGUUUGAAGUAUCUCCAUGAGCAAAAUGUUAUGCAUGGAGACAUCAAAUGUGCAAACAUACUGUUGAAUGAUAAAGGAGUUGUGCAAAUUGCUGAUUUUGGAUUGGCAAAGGUCAUUGAUUCAGAGAAUCUCCACAAGUCAAGCAGAGCGAUUCCAGCCUGGUCCGCUCCUGAGGUCAUUGAUUCGACACGACAAGGAGGAUAUGGACUUGAAGCAGAUAUAUGGAGCCUUGGCUGUACCGUAUUAGAGAUGCUAAGUGGAGAAUAUCCAUAUUGUCAUUUAGAACCUUGGACGAUAUGGUAUUGGAUUGGAGAAGGUAUUCCACCUGAUGUUCCUGAUUUUCUCUCUGAUACUUCACGUGACUUUAUCGAGAAAUGCCUACAAAUUGAUCCAAAGGCACGUCCAACUGCGGCCCAGCUUUUACAGCAUACAUUUGUGAAAGAGGUCAAAGCAAUCAGCAGCACCUGCAAGCAGAAUGAGAAAAAUAUGUCAUGAACUGACGACAAAAUGGAUUGAUUAAUGCUUAUAGUAAAGAGCGAUGUAUGAUUUAAUUUGAUAUAUGGUGCAAAUUGCUGAUUUUGGAUUGGGAAAUGUAAUUGCUUAGAAUCUUUAAUUUGGUAUCA